UGCUCAUUCUGCACUUCAAGUUGUUCGUGACAACUUCAGUAUUUUACAGCGCCGCACACACGAAAAGUAAAUACGAAGAAAUAUCUCGCGAAACAUACAGGAAAAGAUGAAUCUCCCUCUUGCUUUUCUUGUUGCCGCCGUCGUCUUGUUCACGGCAAACUGUGAGGAAAGCGAAAAUGACUGCGAGAUAUCUGACUCACAAGCAAUUGAAGCAGCAACUGAAGCCAUGAAGAACUGUAACAGCAACAUCAAACACUGCUUCGACGUUCACGAGGGAAAAGGUGUCGCAAAACUAUAUUGUCGGGGAAUGAUGAAAUUGAUCAGAUGCGCUUAUAAAGAGAACAAAACCUUUACUCAAAAUUACAAAUGUCGCAGUCCUGUGUUGUAUAAAUGGGUCUUCGUGGUCCUUCAGUAUUGCACCAUGGGUUCCCACCUUGGUAUCUGUACAGGCGAAAAUAGCUACAGCGUCGAGGAAAAAGAACACCUGCAAAAGCUGGCAGACCAAUAUGACAAGCGGCCGCGAUACAAAAAGAACAGCAUAAGGGACAUGAUAAUUCCAGACGGGGAAAAAGAAUGCGCCCGAGAUAUACAUAUGAAAUGCGCUGAGAGUCUGGUGAAGGCUGAAACGAAUCUUUGUAUGAGUGUGAACAAUUUUGUGACGUGUUACGACAGCUUCAUCAUGGGCUCCAUCCCACUACCCUCGACUUGCACUGGCCCAGAAAUCCCGGCAAUCACCAAACAAUUCGACAAAGUUAUCGACCAUUUCAGCAAAUACCUUAUCGACCUAUACGAGGAAGAUCCACAAAGUAUGUGCCAAGUUGAUACAAAGGUCUUGCAAGGUGACUGUAUGGCAAAGUAGGUGGAGUAGGUGUGACAGAGCUUGUGAACCCUCGAUCUGUUGACAUCUUCAGUCACAAUUUUUAUCUAGAUCAUUGUAUAAACUUCUGGUUGGGUGCAAUUAUUUCAGCGUUCUUUGCAAAUAGAUACCCACCUCUGGCCUUUAACAUGGUUUUUAUAAACUAUCAUUCCCUGCUCGGGGUGGGGUAGGGAGGAUGGUUGGAUGACCCCACGAUAUUUGAGUUCCGUUGAGACAUACGAUCCCCGAUACCCCUUCCCUGGGGGACGCUCUACAUCGCACUAACAGUAAAGCUCGUCGUACCUCUUAAGUGUUGAAAACUGUUUCUUCUACCACCCCCCUCCCUCCCCCUCUAAUUCUCCUCCCCUCCUCUCCCCCUCCCCUCCUCCCAUCUUCCCCUCUUCCCCUCCUCUCCGUCUUCUCUAUAUACAAUCCUACAAAUCUUUUGUAUGCGAAACUAAGCAAGAAAAAAUAAGGAUCUGUCGAGGGUUCUCUCUAUGCUCACUCCUCCACCUGCAUGUUUCGUUUGUGAUAUUAGACUAGCUCUUAGAUGCUGAGAUAUCGUGCAUGCAAUCGCAUCGAUAGUUGUUAAGAUAGCAAGCUUCAUGUACAGUUAUUGUUAGUACCUCAAGAGGUUAAUAAAGUGAAUUCAGCCAUA